AUGGUCGGCACUAAAGUGGUCCUGUUCGGUGACCCCAUCGUGGACAUUGUGGCUCAUGUACCCGCAUCUGUGCUGGAUGAUAUCGGCGCAGAACCAGGUGGCUGCUCCUUGGUGAGUUCUGAGGAGCUUGAAGGUCUCCUUUCCAUCCCCUCAGUCCAGGCAACGGCACGCAGGGCGCUGGGAGGCUCUGCGGCCAAUGUUGCCAAGACGCUGGCAGUGCUCUCGGGGGACGGCGACACCAGCGUCUGCUUCUGCGGCAUGGUCGGGGAGGAUGCGGAAGCCCAACUGGUGUCCUCCGGCCUGAAGGAGUAUGACGUGUUGCCCGCCCUCCUCUCCACCCCCCAGCCCACCGCAGCCUGCCUCUGCCUGGUGACGCCCGACGGCCAGCGCACGAUGCGGACCUGCCUGGCAGCUGCCGCGCAGCUGCAAGACCCGGCCUUGGUGCCGGGCGGCCUGCUGGAGGGCGCGCGCCUCGUGCACUGCGAGGGAUACUGCCUGUACCGUGGGGGCUUUGCAGAGGGGAUGGCCCAGCUCGGAGGCGACACGGUCGCCGACCACAGCGACCCCCUGCAGGCGGUGCUCGCCUUCCUGAGCGGUCGGUGCAGGCUGGCCGUGGUCAGCCUGGGGGAGGAUGGGUGCGUCAUGCGCGCCCGGAGCGGCGACGAGGCUAGGGGCCGCGCCCGGCCGCGCCAGGUGGCGGACACCGUGGGUGCGGGCGACGCCUUCACGGCCGGCGUGCUGUGGGGCAUGCUGGGCGGGCACAGCCUCGCCGGCGCCGCGCUGGCGGGGUGUGAGGCGGGCGGCGUGGCGGUGGAGGCCGCAGGGGCGGAGCCGGGCGUGGCUGCGCUGACGGCGCUGCGGGCGUCCCUUGCAGGCCUGCUGCCAGAACACGGCUCGACAGGGAGGUGUGCGCUGGACGUGCUGAAUGAGCGAUAG